AGUUGUACCUAAAAUAUGCAACAAGACAAUAAAUGGACAUCAUCCCCAGAAACACCACGUAAUUAUAUGUCACUGCAAUCAAGUUAUCCCUACGGAAGCACCGAAUACAAUCCACCCACUAACACUACAACCGUCUUACCAGGUAUGUCUACACAACCUACCAUGCCAGGCUUAAUGUCAGGCUCUCAACCAAGCACACCUAGACCUGACGUAAUUAGUCCUCCCCCAGAUAGCAAUAAUAAGUUACCUUCUACUUCUAAUAAUACAGCGGCUACACCCGACUUAAUUCGAAGAAGACCUCCACUUCCUUCCAGACCUGCCAGUUUUACCACCACCACCUUUCACUCUAACCCUUAUCCUGGUGGCACUUCUUUAAGGCGACGUCGAACUGAAUCAUCCAUGUUUUCUUUUGAGACAGGACCUUCUUUCAGCCAAACGAAGCAAACACUUGAUUUAUGGAAUAUAGAUCAAUCAAAUGGGUAUCAAGUUCAAUUACAAGCAAAAAUGGACCGGGGAUUCUUUCGUGCAGAUCAAGACUGGACCUGUUAUCGUCGUAAUUAUUUUCAAGUCAGUGCUACAUUUGAAGUUCAUGGCGUCAAUUACCUCAUUAACGGUCCCGAAGUCCCUUGUCUUAUUCGCACCGAAAACGGCGAGAUUCAUCAAGUCGACUUCUUUUCCAUUGGCGUCAGUGCUCGUGUCACCGGUAGUGAUAAGCGCAUUGAAUUAGUUCAACAUACUCCUAAGCGUGAUAAGGGUCCCCAAAUGAUUCCUGAACCUCGCGUCGUCAGCGCAGGUGGUAACUUACAUCUUGCCUCCGUAGGUUCUAACCAUAACAUCGUGACCUUUGAACGUAUGCAGUUUAAAACAGCUACCGCAAACAAUGGAAAAAGAAGAGCCGCACAACAAUACUAUGAGAUUGUGGUUGAUCUUUGUGCUAAUAGCUCUUCUGGAAAACAGUUCAAAGUCGCUUCUUGUACCUCUGCCCCUCUAGUUGUACGUGGUAGAAGUCCCGGUCAUUACGCUGAUUCUCAUACACGUUAUAGAAGUUUGGAUUCUGGUACACCUUCUUCUUUCCCCGGUCAAACGGGUCCACCCUCUGCUACCAUUACUCCUUCAGGUGCUCCCACCUCUUCCAAUGGUGAAGAGGGACAUCAAUACAUGCAAUCUCAACCACAGCCUCGUUUCCCCGGUGUGAACCCUUCUGCCAAUGGUAAUAGUGACUAUGGAAACCCUUAUUCCUCUUAUGGCCAACCACCAUCCGGAUAUCCUUAUCAGGUGGGUGGUUAUGCUCCUGUUAUGAACGCACACCCCGUCGGUUCCACACGAAAUGAAGAAGAAGGUGGUCCCAGUGGUCGUGAAGGUGGCUAUAUGAUGCCUUACUCCUCUCACCCCCACCAACAUCCUGGUGAGCCUACUGGCUAUUAUAAUAACAACAAUAAUAGCAGCAGUGGCAGUAGUGUUGUUGGCAGUGCUAAUGCGCAAGAGCCAAAUAAUAGCAAUAGUAAUAGCCAUCAUCCUCAUCAAGGCUAUCAUGCCGACAAUAAUAGUAAACCUUAUUGGUCUGGUGGUAAUCGAGAACAGCAACAACAGCAUGGGCCUGGUAGUAGAUAUAGUAAUGGCUCGCCUUAUGUGAAUCCCGAAUUCAAUGGAUACAGUAUGCGCCCACAAUCACAACAACAAAGCAAUGAAAACACCUCUCCCGAGACAAACCCACUUGACGCUGGACGUUCAAUGACCCCCAGAUAGUACGCACUUUAUGCAACAUUUACUCUGCAAACUCUCAUUUUAAAAAGCAAGAGUACACACACAGACACACACAAAAUCAAAAAAAAAACCUACUACUACAUAAUCCUUUUUUAUCCCCUUACUUAUUGUUCUUUCUUAAAAAAACUACCAUAUUUUUAAUCUUUUUAUUAUUGUCGUCUUAAUUUUUUCUAAUUUGUUUUUGGUAUUACAAUGGUUGUCUUUUUUAAGUAAUAAAAUCAUGUUUCUUUUGUUAUUUCUCU